GCUUUUCGAGGCUCAAGGCAUAGGUUCGGCUCGCCUUCUGUUCUUCUCUUCUUCGACGUCGCGCUCGCAUCCCGCCGUCGUCUUCUUCCAUUUUCUUAUUGGGAAGAUCCACCACAAGCUACAGCAUGCAGAACCAAGCCGCCGCCUCGCCUGCUCGCUUCGCCCGCCGCCUCCGCGUCGUCACGGAGCCGCGCCGCAGCAACUCGAACAAGAUGCUCCGGACGCGCACCUUGUCCGAGAUGGUCUUUCUCUCGCCGCGCAACAGCCCGCGCAUCACGCCCCGCAACUCGCGCUUCGACAUGGACAUUGAGGUGAGCUCGACGUUCGCCGAAGGCGACGGCCCCGUGGACCUUCUCCCGAUCGGCGCGCCGCACAUGGCGUACGAGCCGUCGACGUCCAGCGACAGCUCCUUUGUCGUUGUCGAGGACGGCGAGUCGCCGGACGAGCUCUUCGACGCCUCCAACAACGAGCACGCGGCGAUCCUUGAAGACAUGGACAUGGACCAUGACUUUAGCGACCGCAUGUCGGUCGACGACGAGGACGCGAACGAGUCGGUCGCCCACGCCGAACAGGACAACCAGGCCGACAAUGACAGCGGCGACGAGAUCCGCGCCGGCGGCCCCACGAGCGUGUCGGAGGUCGUCGACAUUCUCUUUGAGAUCCACACGGCGCUGAAGUCGCGCCACCUCGGCCAGCGCACAGCGGCAUCGGCGCUCGCUGCGUCCAACCUCGUGUCGUCGGUGGCCUUUCCCGCCGACCCGGCCAUGCCGCGUGACGCGCAAGCUGAACUUCUCGAGAACCACAAGAAGAUGCUCGAGUGCGCGAUCUGCCAGGAGGUCUUCACCUCGGCGACCGAGGCCAAGUGCUGCGGUCAGAUCUUUUGCAAGCUGUGCAUCGAGCGCUGGGUGAGCGACCGCAACUCGUGCCCCAUGUGCCGUGACGAGCUCAGCUUUGACCAGCUCUCGCCGUCGCGCUUUGCCCAGCGCAUGGCCAACGACGUCAUUGUCACGUGCGCCUAUUGCUCCGAGACGAUGAAGAAGGCUGCCCUCGAGGAUCACAUGGACGUGUGCACGGAAGCGCCGAUGGAGCCGCCGCCGCCGGCCGACGUCGCUCUGCGCCACCAGCUCAUCACAGCCGCGCGCCUCUCUGUGCAAAUGAUGACACGCUUCCUCAUGACGCCGUCGCCGACCCAGGCGCUUGUGAUGCAGUGCUACAUUCGCACCCGCGGCUCGGGCAACUACGAGUUGUACACGCAAGACACGGACGUCCUUCUCUGCACGGCGGUGCGUCGGCGCCAGCUCGACAUGAGCGUGACCUUCUCCAUCUACGCGGCCAACGCGGCCCCGGCCGAGGCCAACGCGAUUGCGCGCCUCGAGCGCAACUUUGUCGGGUCGCAGUACACGGUGCUGAACACCACCGAAGAGAUCCCGUCCGAGCUCGGCGCGGUGCAGUACGCUGCGACCUUUGGCAAGACGCCCCGCCAGAUGCGCGUGGCUCUCCCGCUCGUCCACGAAGCCAGCAACAACGACGACGUCGCGUCCUAUGAGGUCGAGCGGUACGUUCCGACGGGCCGUGACGACUCGAUGCUGUCUCAGAUUGAACGCCCGGACGCGUCCCGCGCCAUCAGCCUCAUCAACAAGCCGCCGGUGUGGAUCGAGUCGCUCGAGGCGUACUGCCUCGACUUUGGUGGGCGCGUCGCCGCCGCGUCGGUCAAGAACUUUCUGCUCUCGCACCCGGACGACAUGGACAAAACGAUGAUGCUCUUUGGCCGCACGUCGGACCGUCAAGUGUACUCGAUGGACUACCGGCACCCGUUUUCGCCGGUCCAGGCGUUUGCGAUCGCGCUGAGCUCCAUGGACUCGCACCUUGUCACGUUCGAUUAAAUGCCGACCGAGUCGCUGCUAUAUAUUCGGGCUUUCGUUUUGGCUGCUUAGUAGAAGGCGCGUGCUAUUUUAUUUGUGUACAAUAUAUUGCAUUUCAGAUCUUA